ACUUGUAACUAACAAUAUUAUUAAGAGUGGUUUACCAAAGCUUGAAAGUGGAAACUAUGAGCUUCCCCUCAAGCCCAUAAUCACACAACAAAACCCUAAUUCCACAUCUUCAUCCUUCAAAUUCUCACACCCUGCUUGUAAUCCUUCAUCCAUCUUUCACCAAUCAAUCAUAUCAUCAACCCAUUCAUGGCUACCAAACGCUACACUCCUCUAGACGACCCCCCAUCCGCUUCAUCCGACGAUGAUGAUGAAACAGAAGACGAACAAGAAAUCAUCACACAAAAUACAGUUCACCAAUCAUCAUCAUCAUCAUCUGAAGAUGAUGAAGAAGAAGAAGAAGACGAAGAGGAAGAAGAAACCCCAACACCCACAAAAAAUCCCCAAUUUCAAAACCCACAAAUCAAAAACCCCCAAUUUCAAAACCCUCCUUCAAACCCACCUCAAUUAUCAUCUGAAUCGGAAUCGGAAUCAGAUUCCGACUCAAAGAUUCCGAUGGGUAUUCCGAAAGCUUCGAUCUUUGAAUUCGAUUACGAUGUGAGAUCGCCCACCGCUUCCGAUUUUGCGAUCAAACCCUCGAAAAAGAUUGAAUCUUUUGAUGUUUUUGAGACGACUCCAACGUCAAAACGCCGUCGUUUAACCAACAAUAAUAACAAUAAGAAGAAAAUUAAGGUUUUGAAUGGGGAUGUUGAUGAGGAAAAGAAAGCAGUGGUUAAGAGGGUGUGGACUGUUGAGGAUGAACUUAUGUUGUUGCAAGGGUUUAUUGAUUAUCAGUCGAAAAUCGGGUGCUCUCCGUUGUCGGAUAUGGAUGGGUUUUAUCAGUUUACGAUGAGUUCGUUACCGGGGUAUGCGACGAAGAGUCAGCUGUAUGAGAAAGUUAGGAGGUUGAAGAAGAAGUUUCGGGUUAAUUCGGAGAAGGUUAGUGGGAACGGUGAGGAAGCGGUGUUUAUUAAGCCGCAUGAGCGGACGUUGUUUGAGCUUUCGAAUAAGAUAUGGGGGGUUGAUGGGUGUGAGAAUGUGGGUGGUAAUGGUGGUGGGUCGACUGCGAAAGGGAAAGCUAGGGUUACGAAAGUUAAACCGAAAGUUGAACCGAAAGUUGCGGUGAUUGAGAAGGAGGUAGAUGAUGAACAGGUGGUUAAAGUGGAGGAUUUCGAGACGUUGUAUCCGUUUUGGAAUGCUGGACUGACGUCGGAAGUUUCGACUGCUUUGAAGUUUCCCGAUGGUGUUGUGAAGUUGGUUAAGGAAAAUUUGAGUUUGAUCGGGGAAGCGAAAGCGAAAGAAAUGAAUGAGAAGUGGGAAGCGAUUUUUGAAAAUGAGGCGGUGUUGAGAAAGAGGAGAAUCGCGCUGCUGAGUAACGUAAGUGAUGUGGAAACAGCAUAGGUAAAUAAUGCAAGUAUGAAACUUAUGCUAUUUGUUGGUAUUUAACGAGCGUUAAAGAUGUUCAGUUUAUGAUACUAUCUAUGGUUCGUUGAUCACCCGUGACAGCUUGUCAGUUUGUUUAACUAUAAUUGAUCAUUUGAGCCUAAAGUUACCGUACUUGUGUGUUAAUUAAUUAGCUUAUCGCGCUCCAUAUCUUUUUGCA